AUGGAUUCUCAAGAUUCUAGCUCAAGUCUUCAAAGAAAUAUGUACACUGAUGAAAGCGACAGUGAAAAUAAUAAUGAUACAUCCUCUAUUACGAAUACGACAACUAGUACUAAGAAAAAAACAAACAAAAGUAAAACAAGCUUUGUGUGGAAAUACUUCGAUGUAAUUGGAGAUAAAGAUAUUUGUAAAGUUAUAGUAAAAAAAAAAGAUGAAGACAAAAAAUGUGGAAGUGAAUAUAUUCAUGACGGUUCAAUAUCGAAUAUGAUUGCUCAUCUAAGAUCAUCGCAUAAUAUUGUGGAUAGCAAAAAACUAAAAUCCAAAACACAAAUACCAAAAGAUCGACAAACUACAUUAUCAGCUCUGAUUCGACUUAAUAUUCCAUAUAAAGGCGAUAAACUAAAAGAAAUAAAUAGGGCAAGAUUUCGUCGAAUGAUGGCAAAAAUUGAUCCAAAGUUUCAUCCGCCUUCUGAUAGAGUAGUAAAAAAUGAAAUAGCAUUAUGCUAUUUGAAAAAAAUUGAGAUUCUUUGGCAAAAAGCUCAAAUGAAAGUAAUGGAAAGGGAUAAUUUACCUUUACCUAGUUUGGUAAAUACUGAAUUUUAUUUUGAGGAGGAAGAAGCCGGUGAAGUUAACGAUGGAGAUACAGAUUCGGAGCUAUCAAAUAUAAAUCCUACUUCUAAACCACUUCAUCCAAAUUUAACUCUAAAUGAAGACAAUUUUGAUGAAGAAUACU